UCGGCGCUGCCUCACCUGGCUGAGGCGGGCAUGGCCGCGCCCGCCCUGAGCCAGGCAGACGUGCUGCGCUUCUUGCAGGAGCAUGGCGGGAAGGUGCGCAACUCCGAGCUGGUGAGCCGCUUCAAGCCGCUGCUGGAGCCGCCCGGCGGGGAUGCCGAGGAGCGAGCCGCCCUCCGCGACACUUUCAAGGACUUCCUCAACAGCGUGGCCGUGGUGAAGGAGCAGGACGGGGCCAAGUUCGUGGUGCUCCGGAAGAAGCUCUCGCGCGCCUGGGACGCCGCCGAGGAGCCCCGCGCCAUGCCUGCCGCCUCCGAGCGCCGGGGACAGGAAAGCGCCACCCUUUGGGCGCCGGGCUGCUCGGCCGCUGCAGGGGCCCCUCACGAGGCGCCCGAGGAAGACCAGGGCAUGGCCGUCUCCGAGCUGAAGAGCCUCUUUCAGAAGGGGGACCUGGAAGGGCCCAAACUCCCCAGCGGCACUGACUUGUGGGCCCCCAAAGCGCCCCCACAGAAACCCUGCAUGUUGCCAGUGCGCUGUGUGCUGCCUCCCAGGACUGCCCAAGGGACUGACGAACCACCCACAGAGCCAAGAGAGCCUGAAGCCAAAGCCUGGCUUCAGGUGGGACCUUCUGCCAGCAGCAUCCCAUCUAGGUCACCUUACUCGAAGAGGCGGCAGCUGGAUGAAUCGGGCUCCACCUCCCCUUAUCUGAGAAGGGUCCAGAAGUCGCAGAAGGUGGGCGAGGAGGCUGCCUGUGAGGCUACUGUCCCAUUGGAUGCUGCGGAACAUGAGUGGUUGGUGAAAGCGACGGAUGGCCAGUGGUCCCAGCGGCUUCAUGGCCUCUUACUGAGUGACAAGAAUCUGGCGGGCAAAAGGGAUUUUAUGUCCGGCUUCACUGUUCUGCACUGGGCUGCUAAAAGUGGAAACUGUGACACGGUGAAUAAAGUCAUAGAGGUGGCAGAGAAAGGGGAUGUUCAUGUCAAUGUGAAUACCAAAUCCUAUGGAGGAUAUACCCCACUCCACAUUGCUGCAAUACAUGGACAAGAGGAAAUCAUUGCCCUGUUGGUCAAAGAUUACAACGCCAAGGUGAACUUGAGAGACUACAGCGGGAAGAAACCAUAUCAGUACCUAAAAGAAGGCUCUUCUUUUGCAGCUAGGCAUCUCUUGCGUGAUCCUGAUCUACAUACAAUCACUGGCCACAAUGCCUCUAUCAAGAAGAAUGCAAAGGUGGCUGCUUCAAUUUUGAGUUCCACCAGCACCUUCCUUGGUGUUUUGUCUGAUGACACUGCUUUCUAUGAGCUGACCAAAGGCUUAAAAAAACCUGCUUCACUUAAUAAGUUUCUUAACGCAGCUACAGCCCCAAGGAGGAAGCUGAAGUCCAGAGGGACUUUCUCAUCAUAUUCUUCCUUAUCUGAAUCAUUGGAGGAAGACCAGGAGGAAGCCACAACGAAACGUAGACCUGUUUCAGAGUUGUUUUUUGGUCACUAGUGUCUGCCUCACAGGAAUCAAGGAAUGUGAAUGUCAGAGUGGGCGGCACACAUUGGUUAUUCUUCCACAGAAGCACUUUGUUUUUGUAUUUCAGUUGUGUUCCUCUUUAACAGGUCCAAUCAAAAGACUGGAAAUAAGAUUAUCUGUAGGAUU